ACUUGGAUUUUUGCUAAGAAGGGGAAGACAUCAGGACACUUCGUAUGAAAACCAUGAGGCAAUUUUGCUUACCCCUAACUGUUCCUCGGGAUGAUCCAACCACAGACUGACUACGUCUCUCAGCCACAGACUGAAUACCUCUCCACCACAGGGCCCUACAAUUAUGAACAGCCCCUUCCCCCUGUGGCUCGGACAAAUGCUGUCACCCAGGUGCCACCGGCUAAGAAGAUAACCUUCUACAAGAGUGGGGACCCUCAAUUUGGAGGUGUCAAAAUGGCCAUCAACAAGCGCAGCUUUAAGAGUUUCAAUGCCCUCAUGGAUGACCUCUCUCACCGGGUCCCCCUGCCUUUCGGGGUGCGGACCAUCACAACGCCACGGGGGAUCCAUUGCAUCAGCAAUCUGGACCAGCUUGAGGAUGGAGGAUGCUACCUGUGCUCCGACAAGAAAUAUGUCACACCCAUCAGCUUUGGUGCUCCCAGCCGGAAGGCCGUCCCUCCACGGAAUAGUCGGCCAACCAGCGCACUCAGGAGGGCGGCCCAAGAGGCCAAGCGUGAGGAUUAUGCUGGGACUUUUGCCCAGCAGAGUCCAAGGAUACCAAAGAAAAUUACACUGGUUAAGAAUGGGGAUGUCUCCACCAGGAGGCCAAUUAUUCUCAACCGGAGGAAUGCCCGGAGUUUCAAAACGCUCUUGGAUGAAAUUUCGGAGAUCAUGCAAUUCACAGUGAAGAAGCUCUACACAGUUGAUGGGAAGAGGAUUGACAGCAUGCAGGCACUGUUGCAUUGCCCUGCUGUGCUCAUCUGUGUGGGACGAGAGCCCUUCAAGCCAAUCGUGACGGAGAGUUCCAGGAAGCCCUCCUCGGAGAAAUUGCCUGGCUUGGCUUCGCGAUCCAACAGCAACAAUGUUGGUGAAAACAGUGAAAUGAACUUCGGGCUGAAAGCCAAGAAGAGCGUGAUCCAUCCGAGGUCGUCUCUGAGCAACCGAUCCACGAGGUUUUCUUUGUCAUCUGAAAAGUCAUUUCCAAAUGGCCAGACAACCUCAACAGAGAAUGGUGCUGCGAGUUCAAACAACUGCGCUCACUCUAAAGCAGGAGAUCUGGUCCAUACCCUAGUCAAUGAUGACAUAGAAAAGAAGGUGCACGUGAACAAGGAUGGCAGCCUGUCGGUGGAGAUGAAAGUCCGCUUCCGCCUGCUCAACGAUGAAACGCUCCAGUGGUCCACGCACAUCAAGAAGUCCAGCCUGCUUAAUCAGAUGCCCUGUGAAGAGCUGGGCGUAGAAGAAGACACUGGCUUAGACCCUAUCGAGAAAAUGAACCCAGAGGCUAGCUCUGAGGCAGAUGAAUCAUUAUACCCCUGUGAUGCUGACUCUUAUAUCUCAAAGCUUGACGAGUCAGAAAUUGAAGAAGCCCAUUGUCACAACUGUGGACGCCAAUGCAAGGACUAUGACAUAUGGAAGAAUCCCAUACAUACUUCCCAAAAAGAAGAGCCUGGCCUCAGGAACACCUGGUAUACACAUUCGUCUUGCUCAAGCACUUCAUCACAGAGGAGGAUCAUCCGGAAAAAAAUAACCUCUUUUACAGAUAGCAUCCACACCUCCUCUAGCGGGGAAGAAUACUCUGAGCGCAUUGUACGUGAGUCCUCUUCAUACUCAGAGACUGUAAGGAAUAGGUUGGGUGGCCGAGCUGUAAAAAAAUGCUGCUGCCAGAGUGAUUAUACCCAAGCAAAUGCAAGCCAAAGGGGGUCUCCUGAGGAGCCAGAAGCUGCAGCUUGCCCAGCUAGUUCACAAAAUGAAGAUGAUGAGGAUGCUGUGGAAGCCUCUAUGACAAUGGGAGAAGAUGCUGAAGGGAAAGAAACCAAAGCUGGGAGUGGGAGAUCAAAAGCAUCUCAGUGUUCCAUAGACAGCCAGACAAAAGUGUGCGAGGAAAGCAGCACAGUGGCAAGAAGCCUUUCAUCCUGUAGCGUUAAGAAAACAGAAGACUUGGAAGAUGUUGCUGGCUGUGCAUCCACUCCACACAGCAUCUGCAGCAAAUCCAGUAAAUGCAGCACCCCAAGAGCCAAGGAUGACCAAGAGGCGACGUCUGAGAAUGAACAAGUGAUCCCUUCUUUCUCCAGCGAGCACUGCCCUAAGAAAGAAGCCACAGAAGAGGAAGCUGGGAAGGUAGAAGAAGACAUUGAAGAAACAAAUUCCAUCUCUGAAAACAUGGUGUCUAAGCAGUUGGUCAAGGAUGAAGGAAAGCCCUUCCAUCCUCGGACGCAUGAGGGCAUGAGAAGUGACAGCGAUAAAGUACAGAUUUGCAGUGUGGCUUCUUCUUCAUCCAGGAUAUCCAAGAAAAGCAAACACAGCCAGAAUCACCUGGAGGCAGAUUCCAAAGUGUCAUCUAAGGAGUCCUCCACCACUACAAAGAAAAAGAAAUCAAAAAGAUCUCUGCAUGCAAAAGAUGUCAGGUCCAACAGCACAGCAUCCUAUGGCUCCAGGGGCUCACGUGAACUCGAGAGAACAGCCACAGAAGGUCAUGGCUCUCGUGACUCAAAUCCCCACCUAAGUGAAGUGGCACCACCAUCUGCUACCAAUGUUGAGAGCACAAGCAAGAUUUCCAAAUGCUACAGCAAGUCCUCCAGAAGCAGCAAGAAAGACAGCCAGCCAGAAGCUGCCAGCUCUCCUCAUUCUAGCUUCUCAGAGAUGAAAGAAGAAAAAGAAGAAGAGAAAAACACAGAUGGCACUGCCAAAAUUAGUUCUCAGCUACCGUCUUCAAGAAACGGAAGUGUGUCUGAAUCCAUAUGCUCGAAAUGCGAUCAUGUGGCAAUAGCCAGGAACAACAAUCACCAGAGUGUUAAUUCAAGAAUAUUGUCUCAUUCUGGGACUGAGGCAGAAAAAAGUGAAGAUGCCUGUUCCCAAUCUAGUGUGGUGCAGUCAUCUAAGCAUAGGCAAAAGAAAAUGGACAGCCUCCGAGCUGAUGCAGAGAAUUCUAGUCGAGCCUCAGUGUCAGACACUGCAUCUGUGUACAGUUUGCAUUGCCCUGUCCCACCAAAGGGGAGACCCAGCAACAGAAAAAGGAGGACGGUGGUUCUGAAGAACAGCUCAAAGAGUGCCAGUGUGUGUACUGAAUCAGAGCCAAAUGCAGACAAGGAGCACAAGGAAAUAGGUGAUUCUUCUUGGCUGGCUUCCUCUGUGUCAAAAUCAUUAGAAACAGAUGCAACAAAUGCAGAAGCAAAUAAUUCAGAUACAAUGAAAGAGGAGACAGGAUCUUGCCAAGAGAAGAACCGAGAAGAAGAAACAGAAGCCGCUGUGGAUGGAGGUGGUGAAAUGAUACCCUCUUCCCUUCCAAAUGCGACUCCAGAAGAAGUCGUGCAUGAAUGGCUGCGUAAGAUCCCUUCAGAGACAUUGCUGAUGAAAGAUGAGAUGGAUGAUUAUGGGGAGGAGGGCACUGACUUAAGCGCAGAAAUACCAAGCAGUUAUAACCUCCAAGAAUGCUUAGAAGAAGAUAAGGAGGUCAAUGGCACUGAGGAGCUAGAAGACGUGCUAGCCACUGAAGCAGUUGAAGACAGAGCUGAAGAGCAGGCUGAGGAAGCAACUGAGGAUCACAGUGAGAAGGCUUCCAAAGCAAUGUCGGAAAAACCUGAAGCUGGUCAAGCAGAAUGCAACCAUUCAGCCGUCUUCAGUCAGAAUAGCCCUCAAAAAGAUUUGCCAAGCACCAUUCAGACUUCAGUGCAGAUCAUGAAAGCACUGCUGGCUUCUAAGCAAGAUGCCAAAUUGGAUCGUUCACACAGUCUGCCUGAAGUGUCUCCUACAAUGGGGAGGAAGCUCAGCAACUCAGCCAAAAUUUUGAUCACAUGCCUCGCUAGCUUGCAGCUUCUCGAUGAAGAGCUGGACUCCCCAGAUAAAUCAAAACCCUCAAGCAGGCCAAGGUAUAUGGAGCUGCUGAACAUUUUCCAGACCCUCUGGCAUGGCUGUGGCUCUGAAAGCGGUGGCCCAAGCAGAGAACAGCAAGGUCAUGAGCAGGUAAAGGUGGCCUCAAAACAUCGCUCAAAACACGGUAACUUCACAGCCACAUCUUCUUCAGGGGUUGAUGUCAGUAGUUGUGAUGGAGGCUCUAGAGAGGGAAGUGUGGCUGGUGCCCACGAUCGUGCCUUGUCAUCAGAGGUAAUAGAAGAGGCAGAAAACACCGAAGAAGAAGCAGUUGAAGAGCAGACUGAAGAGAUCCAUAGCAAAUUAUUUCUGGAAGAGGAGGAAGCUGGAGGCGAUGAAGGAGAACAAGAGGGGCCUUCUCGGCCAACAACAGCUUGCUCCGAAUCUCAAAGAGAAAAAGCAGAGGAAGUGGCUGAGGCACAUGACAACCAAGGCAGUGAAUGUGAAAUGGGACAGGGUGAAGAAAUAGAAAGUACCAGAGAAGAAGAGAAAAAAGAAAGCAGCAGCAGAAACGAAGAUGAAAACGGAGAAUGUGCAGAAACAGAUGCUGAGGCACAUCCUACUCAAGAAGGGCUUGAAGAGAAGCCUGAAAGGGGAAAUAGUCCCAAUCAAGAGGAGGCUGAUGGAGCCAUAGAACAGCCAAGCAAUAUUGAAACUGAAUCUGACCCAAAUGCAAGUGAAGCUAAUAGAGAGAGAGUGAAGGAAUCCACUGCAGAAAAGCAGCUGGUGGAUGAGCCUCCAGCUGAUGGAGAUCCCAGCAACAGAGUUGUGCACCAAGCCACCGUGACAACUUCCCCAGCAGCCCAUGAAAGAUUCAUGGACCCAGACCCAGUUUGGGUCCUGAAGCUUUUGAAAAAGAUUGAGAAGGAGUUCAUGACUCACUAUGUCAGUGCCAUGAAUGACUUUAAAACAAAGUGGAACCUGCAAAACAAUGAAGAGCUAGAUGUAAUGAUUACAGAACUGAAGGAGGAAGUAAGUAAGAGAAUUCAGAGGAGCAUAGAGAAAGAGUUAAGGAAAAUUCAAAGCAGGGCAGGCAAGAAGAUUCCACGACCCCCAAAUGAUGAGCUGAGACGGGAAUCUACCCUACAAACAGGAGGCAGAAGACGACGUUUGCAAAGCAUCCAUAAAAUGUCACUAUUAAAUGGAAGCCAAAGUAAGCAGCCAGAGACAAGGAACUUAUCACAUGAUCGAGAUGAAAUGGAUUUCUUCUUUAGUACCACAAUUAAAGAUGAUGUUAGUGACCUACUAAGUGAUGACGAAUAUUGCCCCUGUGAUGCCUGCUUCAGGAAGAAAAUGUCUUUCAAACAGACAAUGAACACUGUGGUAACAAUGUCCAACGCCCCAGUUGUAAAAGCUUUUGAUCUACAGAAAAUUCUGCAGACAAAAAAAGAUGGUGCUGAAAAUAAGGAACCAGAUGAUAUCACUGAAGAGACUCAGGAUGAGAAAGACGUUCCUGUUGAGCCAGCAGCAGAGGAUCCUGAAGAACACAAGGAAAAACCAGUAACAGAACUCAGUGAAGAUGGAACAGAAAUUAUCACUGAAGAGGUGGAAGCAGAGGGGGAAGCGGCAAGUAAUGAAGAUACAGCGAAUGAAACGAAAACAGAAGGGGAAGCAAAGGUACCAGAAGAAGAGGAAGAAGUAAAAGAGGAUGGAGCAAAAGAAGAAGUGGAAGAAGACAAAGCAGUAGAGGAAGGACAAAGGGAAGAAGAAGAUGUGAAAGAAGAAGAAAAGGAGGAGGAGGAGGAUGUGGACAAACAGAACGGGCAAGAGGAUGAUGAGGAAGUAGUAGAAGAAAAGGAGGAUGUAAACGAGGAAGGAGAAAAAGAAGAAGAGGAUGAAGAAGAAAUCAUAGAAAAUGUGAAAGAAGAAAAUGAAGAAAAGGGGGAGGAAGAAGAAAAAGAAUUGGAAGAACCACAAGAUGAAAAGGAGGGGGAGGAAGAAAUAAAAGAUGAAAACAUGGAAGAAGAGUUGGAUAUGAUAGAGGAAGUAGAAGAAAAGGAGGAAGAAGAGGACCAAGUAGAAGAAAAUGAUGUGAAAGAAGAUGAAGAAAAGGAAGAGGAGGAGGAGGAGGAAACAAAGGAUGAAGAAGCAAAGGAAGAAGUGGCACCUGAAGAAGAUAGUCAGGAAGCCAAAAGCGGAAGCAAAGAAGAAACAAAUGAAGAAAAUAAAAUAGAUGAAGAAAAAGAUGAAACGUCCAUGGAAGUUGAGGAAAAACCUAAACUUGAAGAUGAAACUGACGGUACAGUAGAGGAACCAAAAGAUGCUGAGGGGGAUAACCAAGAAAAUGCAUCUGAUUGUGCAGAAAAUAUUGCUGAUGCAGAGACUGACCAGGUUUCCGGAGAAGAAGGUGCAGAAGAAGAUAAUGACAUUAAAAAUGAGACUGAGGCCAUUGGCAGACAGGAGACUGAGGAAGAGGCUAGCCCAGAGACAGGUUGUGAGGCAUGUUCAGAAACAGCAGAAAUAGAAGCUGAUGGUAACUGUUCCCUGCAAUCCCAGAAGGGUUCAGAGGAUGUGAGCGAUGGAGAAGAAUGUAAUGAAGAGGAGUGUGUGAACAUCAACAACGUUAAUGAAGAUGUUCUAACAGAAACCAAAAGUAAACCUGCCACGAUGUAUCCUGAGAGUGCAGAAGAGGAGGAGGAAGAGGAAUGA